CCAGAAUGUCAGCUGCCAAGGGGUUCCAGUGAAGCUGAGGGACACUUGGGGGUGGCCAGCCAGGCCACUCUCUCCAGUGGGUGGGAAGUUCACUGGGGCCCACUUGGUAGGCAGCCCCUCCUGCCAACUGGGGCACCUAGCUCAGGAAAUAACGCUCACCCCAAGCUUCCUCUCCUACUUCCCAAACGUAAGAGACCCAACUCAGGGUCUAGAAUUUACUGAGGCUUGGUGGCUAUUUGUCCAACCAGCAGCAUGGAUCACCGAAACCGACCUCGGGGCAGAAUCCCCGGAACUCAGGCCCGAACCCCCAGAACCCCACCUCCGCUCUAUGUGGAACAGGAGGCCAGGGAAGGAGAAGAAUGGGAACAGCGCGAGGUACCUCGCCAGAGGACUCCAGUCUACGGCCCCCCAGAAAACGAAGAGGUGACAGACAGUGUUACGGUUUCUAAGCCAGCACCCCAUUGGGAAGGAACAGCUGUAAUAAAUGGAGAAUUUAAGGAGCUCAAGUUAAGUGAUUACCGUGGGAAAUACCUGGUAUUCUUCUUCUACCCACUUGAUUUCACUUUUGUGUGUCCAACCGAAAUUAUCGCCUUUGGUGAUAGAAUUGAAGAAUUCAGAUCCAUAAACGCAGAAGUGGUAGCAUGCUCCGUUGAUUCACAGUUCACCCAUUUGGCCUGGAUUAAUACUCCACGAAAACAAGGAGGACUUGGAUCACUGAAGAUCCCACUUCUUUCAGAUUUGACCCAUCAGAUCUCAAAAGACUACGGCGUGUAUCUGGAAGACUCCGGCCACACACUUAGGGGCCUCUUCAUUAUUGACGACAAAGGAAUCCUGAGACAGAUUACUCUGAAUGACCUUCCUGUGGGUAGGUCAGUGGAUGAGACACUGCGUUUGGUUCAAGCAUUCCAGUACACCGACAAACAUGGAGAAGUCUGCCCUGCUGGUUGGAAGCCCGGUAGUGAAACAAUAAUCCCGGAUCCAGCCGGAAAACUGAAGUAUUUCGACAAACUGAACUGAAAAAUACUUCCUCACCUCAGGUUGUGAUGCUUGAAACUUCUCAAUAAACAAGGUUCAUCACUUCAUUACCA